AUGAGCCCAUCCUCGGUCGUAUUUUCUCCGCUCCUUGCACUCCUUGUCUCCUUAACUCUCCUUGCGCCAAUACCCACAAACGCCAUCAAAUUCUCCCUACAGUCGUACCGCUACCCACCUACAAAGUGCAUCUGGAACACCGCGCAUGCCAACACCCUCGUCAUCGUAACAGCGAAUGUCGGUCCCGGCGAGAAACAGCGCGUAGAUAUCGAAAUUAUCGACUCAAGCGAACAAAAGAAUGUGUACUUGAGCAAGCGGGAUAUCAAGGGAGAGACGAGGCUGGCUAUCACGACACACGCUGAGGGAGAAGUCGGAGUGUGCUUCAAGAACUACCAGGAUCCCGACGUUCCAUACGCGGACAGCGCAAACCUGAACCGAGUCAUCGACCUAGACGUCGAUAUCGGUGCGGACGCAGUCGAUUAUAAUGCCAUAGCGAAUCAGGAAUCCCUCUCCAGUCUCGAAACAGAAAUGCGCAAACUCGAAGGCCUCACCAAGGAGAUCGUUGAUGAACUAGGGUACCUCAAAAAGCGAGAGGAGAGGUUCACCGACACCAACCUAUCAACAAACCAGCGCGUGCAGAAUUUUGCCAUGUUCUCCAUAUUCUCAUUCACCGCCCUGGGGGUGUGGAUGAUCUUCCACAUGCGCGCGUUCUUCAAGCGCAAGUACUUAAUUGAUUAG